AUGGAACAAGAUUUACUUCUACUUCAUACAUCAUUACAAGGACAACAAGCUCUUCUUGAUGCUCAAGUUGCGCUUUUCUGCUUCAGGAUAAAAAGAAAACAAAGGAGACCCAGAACAUGGUGGGUGCGUCCCUGGCUUACUCAGGAAAGAAGGCUUAUGUUUGGCCACUAUGAUAGACUGAUGCAGGAGUUGAGAAUGGAGGAUCAACAGUCGUUUUUCAACUUUCUGAGAAUGCCGCCCGAGAUGUUCGACGAAAUAUUGAAUAGAGUAGGUCCCAGAAUUCAAAGGAGAGAUACCCGGCUUAGAAAAGCAUUGGAACCAGGCCUGAAGCUCGCUGUCACUAUACGACACUUAUCUUCUGGGGAUAAAUAUCCAACUCUACAAUACGACUUUAGAGUUGCCCGAAAUACAAUUUCUAUGUUUGUUCCCGAAGUCUGCCAAGCCAUUGUAGACGAAUAUAAAGUCGAAUCAAUUUCUUGUCCCACCACAAAGCGCGAAUGGCGUGAUAUUGCUGAAGAGUUCCAGCGAAAAUGGAAUGUUCCACAUGCCUGUGGUGCUCUCGAUGGCAAACAUAUAGCCAUUAGAUGUCCUUCAAAUACAGGAUCACUCUUUCAUAAUUACAAGGGAUUUUUCUCAGUGGUUCUCCUUGCAUUAGUUGACGCGGAUUACUAG